AUGGGUGCUGAAGCCAGACGAGCGGCCACUGCCAAGAAGAAGGGCAACCCGCCAAUUCUUUCACACGACUUCAUCAUUCAAAACCAUGGGGACAUCAUGAGCUGCAUCCUGAUGCUCGUUGUCGUCGGCUUCAUGUUCCCGACUACUGCGCCCCUUUCCUCAAUCUUUGUGGUCCCCCAGUACAACGAAACCGUUGCGGUCAACGUACAUAAUGUACAAUUCGAUGUCCAAAUUUACAAGAGUGGCGUACGGGAUGUGUUCACGGUCCUUUUCUACACGAUCGGAUGGAUCACGAUGCAUGCCAUCAUUCAAGAGUACAUCAUCGAUAAACUUCAACGCAAGGUCCAUUUGUCCAAAUCGAAGCUCUACAAGUUUGGCGAGUCUGGCCACCACAUCUUCUUUGCCAUCUACUCGAUCGCGCACGCCGGUUACAUCAUCCACGAGUUCUUUACGAGCCACAAUGACUUCAAGAACCUUUGGGCCGGUUAUCCCGAAGAUCACGCCAAGAUGAACCUGAGCACGAAGCUCUUCUUCAUCCUGCAGCUCUCAUAUUGGGUGCACCAUUUCCCCGAGUUCUACUUUGCCAAGAUGAAAAAGGAUGAGAUGCAACACCGAGCCUUCCUCUCCUUCAUCCACAUUGGCUUCAUCGCCGGCGCCUACAUCAUGAACUUCCAGCGCGUGGCUGUCGUCCUCUUGGCCAUCCAGUACCUGUCGGACGUUGUGUUCCACAUCGCCCGCCUCGCCCACUUCCUUGAUAAGCGCAGCGUUGCCAAGUCCGCCUUCAAGGCAUGGAACAUCACCUUCUUCGUCGCCCGUGCUGCCAGUGCCGCAGUGGCCGGCGCCACUUUCUGGUAUGGGCUUCGCCAGAGCGGUGUGCCCAACGUUGACCUUGCCACCGGCAACUUCAACACCUCCUUCAUACGAUUGAACUCGUUGAUCGCCGUGCUGGCUCUGCAGCUUUUCAUGCUGUACCAAUUUGUCGUCUUCCACUUUGGCCGUCUCCGUGAUGCGCGCAACAGGAAGAAGGGCGGAGAGCAGAAGAAGCAGGCGCCGGUCAAGCGAAGUGACAAGCGCACUGAUAGCGAAUCUUCGGCCCAAGAAAGCGCCGCUGUCACCCCAGAACAGAAGAGCCCCGGCAAGCGCAAGCAGAAGGCCCACAUUGUUGAGCUGAUCAAAGACCGAGAGACCGCUACGCCGCCGCUUCAAAUUAACUGUGUACUCGACGCGGCCACGGAUUCUUGCAGUCUCGAGCUAGUGAGCAAGCUAACGCUACAAACCUCCAAAAUCUCAAUCGGGCUAAAGCGCGUUGUAAGUGAAGAGCUGAACAACCAUCUCAUCGAGGCGUUGCACAAAAUGAAGGAACUGACUGAGAAGAAUCAACAACUGGAGAGCGAGUACAGACUGGAGCUGGAGGAGAAGGAAGUAGCAAAUAAUGCGAUCGAAGACUUGCGCCAGGAUUUGAACGAUAGAGAUGACCACGUCGAGCUGCGCGAAAAGGAGGCUGGCAUGAUCGUUGAACGCGAAAAGCUCGAAGCGGAACUGAAAGCAAGGCAAAAGGAGCUGGAAGAUUUCCAGGCCAAGCAGCAUUACUCGAAACAGAUGAUGGAUAAAUUCCAAGCGAACCGUCUCGCUCACCCAUCGCCAUUUGGGAAUCCGGCCAUCGGCGCGAGCCCAGUAUCCUUCCGACCAGCUAUGGUACCUGCGUUGAGACCACCACCCACCGGCGUCCUGGGCCCAUUGCUGUCAACACAAAGAAAUUUCACUGCCACCCAGUUGGGGACUCCGCUCCGCAAUUCCCCUCAGCAACAACUUCUCGCAAAAUACACAGAACCUGCUCCAAAAGAAAAG